GCGCUUGUUCCUGACAAGCUGACAGGUGGGCGGGCGCAGCUAAGAAAAUGAUAAGGUCAUUUGAAUUACGCUCUUAUCGCCGACAAUGAAGCCAGAAACGGAAUGAGCGAUCACCGGAGAAUGAACGGGUGAUGACAGCGGGGACAAAGUCUACGGGCGCAGGCGGCCGGUUCUGACUGCCGGUGCAGCGGAGCGGAGGAGGAGCAGCAGCUCGGCGAUAACAGGAGCGGAGCGCACGGCUGGAAGAUAAGCCGAUCAAGGUGGAAUCACUCCUGUGAGAUCUGCGCACGUAGGAGCCGUGACCGACCGUGUGCACAAGGAUGCUGCGCCUGGCGUGCUGCACAGCCAUGCUGCUGGUGCUGAGGGUGCUGGCGGGUCUGCCGUGGUACCAGGUUCUCCCGGGCAUCCUGAUCUUCUAUCUGGGGAGUGGCGGAUGGAGCUUCUUGCAGAUUUUAUCCAAAACAAUUGGCAGAGACAUACAUGCGGCAUAUGUGCUUUUGCGGGUGAAGCUGAAUGUCAGGCGGCACCUCAGACAGAAGAACACCAUUCCCAAAAUCUUCGCCGAAACAGUGCGUCAUCAGGGAGACAAAACGGCCCUGAUUUUUGAAGGGACCGGGGGGAGGUGGACCUUCCAACAACUGGACGAAUACUCCAACAGAGUGGCUAACCUGCUGCUGCAACGUGGAUUCAAGGACGGGGACGUGGUGGCACUUUUCAUGGAGAACAGGUCACAGUAUGUGGGCUUGUGGCUCGGCAUGGCCAAGAUCGGAGUCGAAGCAGCGCUAAUCAACUUCAACCUGAGACUCGAGGCUUUGGUCCACUGUGUCACCAUCUCCAAUGCAAAGGCUGUGGUCUUUGGAUCGGAGCUGAGCAAUGCGGUGUGUGAGAUCCACAGUUCUAUGGGAAAGACUGUGCAGAUGUUCUGUUCUGGAGACUGGGACCCCAAACGGGUUCCACAGGGAACUGAGUGCCUGGAGCCCCUGCUGGCCGGGGCUCCAUCUCACCUACCUCCUCAGCCACAGCGCUGCUUCACAGACCGUCUGUUCUACAUCUACACAUCGGGAACCACUGGGAUGCCGAAGGCCGCCAUUGUUGUGCACAGCAGAUACUACCGCAUGGCAGCCCUGGUGUACUAUGGCUUUAGGAUGCAUUCAGAUGACGUGUUGUAUGAUUGCCUUCCGCUGUACCACUCUGCAGGUAACAUUGUUGGAAUUGGUCAGUGUAUAAUUCACGGCAUGACGGUGGUCAUCAGAAAGAAGUUCUCUGCCUCGCGUUUCUGGGACGAUUGUGUCAAAUACAAUUGCACAAUUGUGCAGUACAUUGGAGAGAUCUGUCGGUAUCUCCUGAACCAGCCAGUUCGGGACUCGGAGCAGCAGCAUCAUGUGCGUAUGGCAUUGGGCAACGGCCUGCGUCAGUCCAUAUGGGUGGAGUUCAUGACCCGCUUCAACAUCCCACAGAUCGCAGAGUUCUAUGGUGCCACCGAGUGCAACUGCAGCCUGGGCAACUUCGACAACAAGGUUGGAGCGUGUGGCUUCACCAGUCAAAUUCUGCCCCACUUUUAUCCCAUCAGACUGGUAAAGGUCAAUGAAGAGACCAUGGAGCUCAUUAGAGGACCUGAUGGUGUCUGUAUUUCCUGUAAACCUGGUGAACCAGGUCAGCUAGUAGGCAAAAUUCUUCAGAAUGACCCUCUUCGACGGUUUGACGGUUACCUCAACCAGUGUGCAACCAACAAGAAGAUUGCCACAAGUGUUUUUGAGAAGGGGGACAGAGCCUAUCUAUCUGGUGAUGUGUUGAUCAUGGAUAAGUACGGUCACAUGUACUUUAAAGACCGCACAGGAGACACUUUCCGCUGGAAAGGAGAGAAUGUCUCAACCACUGAAGUAGAGGGAACUCUCAGCAGGCUGCUAGACAUGAAGGACGUAGUCGUCUAUGGAGUGGAAGUACCAGGAGCAGAAGGUAAGGCUGGAAUGGCAGCCAUCGCUGAUCCGUCUCACCACACUGACCUGGAGAGGUUUGUAAAGGACAUGGAGAAGAAUCUUCCUCCAUACGCCAGACCCGUGUUCCUCCGCUUCCUUCCAGAGGUGGACAAGACGGGAACGUUUAAGUUCCAGAAGGCAGACUUGCGUCGAGAAGGCUUCGACCCCCGUGUGGUGUCAGACAGACUCUACUUUCUGGACUCCACCAGAGGGCGCUAUGUGCAGCUGGACCAGGAGCUUCACUCUACCAUACUGUCGGGGAAAACCAAGUUGUGACUACCAGGCUGCACGUGCACACAAACAUACUCACAAAUAGCAAGUCAGCAAAGGAAGAGCAGAAUAUCCCCAAAUCCACUGUAACAGCCAGAAAACCUACAGACUCAAAAUGCCAACUCAUUUAAACACAAAUACUCCCUCAAACCAUGUAAGCCCAAAACCCAGACUAUCUGCAUUGCCCCAUUCCGUCCUCUCUUUGCCACUUGUCUGGUUGACGUGAUACCUCAGCAAACGAGGAGGACCAGAAACCCAGUAACCAGGUCUAGUUCUGUUUUGAAGAAGUACAAAACCUUUUACCUUGGAUCUAUAUACUUCCCUGCUCACCAAAAACCGCAGAACCUGGGGCGGGGGAGGCAGGGUAGGGUUGCCCAGGGAACAGCACCAAGAGGGCUGCCUGAUGUACAGAAUCCAACAACUUAUAAACUGCAAAUAUUGUAACCACAGACGCUGUAGAGGGAUGUGGAUUCAGAAUUUCCAGUGUGGCACAACGGUGGGACCUACAAGGACUUCAAGUGUCACUUUGUGGCUAUUUAGACUUGUCUCUCUUUUUUGACAUAACCUGCACAAUUGGCCUUUGAAUUGAUAUUUUUUAUUCUUUGACUUUUGUUCUCCGUGUUGUUUCUACCUCUUAGGCUCUUUAUAAUGCCGGAGCAUUUGAGAAGGAAAUGAGGAAAGGACACCAAAGUUUUCUUUAAAGGAACUGUGUAAUGAUGAGGGAUUUUUGUUGUUGUUGUUUGCCUUUACAUGACCCAGAAAGUAAAUCUGACCUGCAGGUGAAGCUGCAAGAUGCCCCCCACCACCCGCCCCUUUUGUUUUUGCAAUUGCACUCCAAAGUUUGUCGUGCAAUAAUCAGCCACACUGUCAGCAAGCUAAAGGAAAGCAUUGUAUUUUAAAUAUGUCUGCAUCACACCAAAUAUAUUUAAGAAGUUGUGUUUGUUUACAUAUUUAA